GUCGUCCAGUUUAAAAAAACCGGAGGAUUGGGACGAGAGCAGGCGGAGUGAACGUUAAAGCGUCAGGUUAGCGGUUUGCUAGUUUUUAGUCCAUUUAGACGUCUUAACAGUUUUAAUACAGCUUUUAACGUUUGUUUUAAUGAGAAUCUGCGGGUAAAGUGAUAGAAAUAUGCAGAAAUGUGCGGUUAUGGAGUUUAAAAACGAAACGAAACGAAAGUAAACCAAACACAUCACACUAGCUAACUAGCUAAUAAGCUAAUAUUUAGUAAACAGCAGGUAAAAAUGGCGGAUGAGGAUUUCUUGCUGGCUUUGCAGCUGCAGGAACAGUUUGAUAAGGAAGUGUCGGCUGUGUGGAGCGACGACAACACUGACAGCUGUCCUGUAAGUAAAAAGCGUAAAGUGGAGACGUGUGACUGGAGUUUGGGGUCGUGUUCACGUCCUGUCAGCCUGUCUAUAGUGGACGAGUCGUGGGAGAUGCUGGACCCCAAUCCAGAUGUUCGUGCCAUGUUCCUGCAGUUCAACGAGAUGUUCUUCUGGGGGAAACUCAGUGGGGUUGAAGUUAAAUGGAGUCCUAGAAUGACUCUAUGUGCCGGCGUGUGCUCGUACGAAGGCAGAGGAGGUCUGUGUUCCAUCCGUCUCAGCGAACCUCUUCUAAAACUAAGACCUCGGAAAGACCUGGUGCAGACGCUCCUGCACGAAAUGAUCCACGCCCUGCUGUUCGUGACGCAGAACAACCGAGACCGGGACGGACACGGGCCAGAGUUCUGCAAACACAUGAACCGAAUAAACCAAGCCAGUGGAACCAAAAUCUCAAUUUAUCACUCCUUCCAUGACGAAGUGGACGUGUACCGGCAACACUGGUGGCGCUGUAACGGGCCAUGUCAGAACCGCAAGCCGUUCUUCGGCUAUGUGAAGAGGGCGAUGAACCGAGCGCCAUCACCCAGAGACCCGUGGUGGGAGGACCAUCGGAGAACGUGCGGAGGAACGUACGCUAAGAUCAAGGAGCCGGAGAAUUACAGGAAGAAGGGGAGGAGCGAGGAGGAGAAGAAAGACAAGAAUGCCUUGAAGAAGCCUGGGGGCAAAAUCAAAGCAGCUGGAAGCACUGAAGGCUCACGUUCUCAGGACAUCAGGAACGUCAUCCCGUUCAGCGGUAGAGGUAUCGUUCUGGGUGGCAGCACACAGCCGUCAGCACCCGUACAGAGCCCGCCCAUCCAAAGUCCCACCCGCUCACCGAAACUUCUACAGGAACCGGUUCGAACUUCACCAACUGACCUCAGAUCACCCUACAGCAGCACCACCGCUCUUCCUAAAAAGUCCAUCAGCAACCACAAAGCCUUUGUCAACAUCAACGGUUCUCCUGUCAGAGUCACAAAAACCACUGGCAGCCUAAUGAGACCGAAACAGACCACGGUUCAGGAUCUUUUCAAGAAUGCAAUCCUGAAAUCACCAAAGAAAACGAAUCCGUCAGAACCAAAGCAAGUGUCUGAUACACCAGCAUUAGAUACUGCCUUCAAUCUGAACUCUGCUAAAACUGGCAUGGGUAAUAAGAGCUCCUCAAACAUCUCCGGUUCUGCUGGAUCACCAUUUUCUAAAUACUUUGGCAGUGCUAAGAGCAGCGGAGCCGGACUUCCAGGUCAGAUCAAACCAGGAAACGCUGUUCCGGGAUUCAAUUCAAGAAACUUCAGAAGCAGCAAAGGUUCUGCAUCUGCGAGCUCAGGUUCUGGUUCCACCUCUACUAGCGUUCCAAGUCCUGAUUCAAUACACUCUGAAAGCCUCAGACAUCCAGGCACGUGUUCGACACAGUUUGGGAGCCCCAAAGGACCCGGAAAUGAAAUCCGAGGUUCCAGUUCUACAACUUUUAUCAAAUCAGAAUCCGGUGUUUCAAAUUCCAGUUCAAGACCGUUUGGAAGCCAGAAAAUUACUGGAACUGGAUCAUCAGCUUCUCCCAGCAUUCCAAGCUCCAAUUCCAGACUCUCAGGAAGUCCAGAGAAAUCCGGAUCCUUCAUGUCCACCUCCGGAAGUCCUCACAGACCAGGAUCUGCUGCUGGAGGGAGGAAAAGAUGGCGAGAAGACCGGAUUUCUGCACACAUCUUUGAUUUCUUCCAGCGGACUUCCCCUUCUUCCUCCUCUUCCUUGGUCUCCAGGGAGCAUAGAGAGGAGAGAACUGGUGCUGAAGCGUUGUCUGCAGGGGCAUCAGGAGUGGGUAAUACCCUCCACAGCUCUGCUGCCCUCACUGUGACCUGCCCCGUGUGCCAGAGCAAAGUGCUAGAGUCCCAAAUUAACCAGCAUCUCGACUCCUGUCUGACGUGACCAUAAUACAAAAGCCUGUACAGUUAGUAUGUCUCUUUUGUGUGUGUGUGUGUGUGUGUGUGUGUGUGUGUGUGUGUGUGUGUGUGUGUGUGUGUGUGUGUGUGUGUGUGGUAAAACACUCAGGACUGCUGUGUGGAAUAACACAAAGACAUCCGUGUCAGAUUUUAUUCUAUCUCAUUGGGUUUUAUUUAAAAACUGACAUUCAGUUCAAGCUUCUCUGGAUCUGAAUUGGAGUAAUAUUUUAUUAAUAUUUUAAUAAUCACACAAGCAAAAAGGUUGCGUGUAAGCAGCGAGGCUUGAAAACGUCUUCGUUAAAGUCAUUCAUUAGUCAGAAAUGCAGUGAGGGUAUAACAAACGUAACAUAACGAAUCGUUUCCUACAGUCGAGUCGAUUCAGAGUCAACUCGUUUUCUCACUGCAGUGAAGUUCACCUUGAAGUGUGAGUUCCACCCAAAUGCUGACGGUGUGAAAUUACAAAUGAUCUAUCUUUUUUUUUUCGCCCCUGAGAGCAUCAUGUUCAUCACUGAGCAAGUGCCCUGAUUGGUCAGCCUCGCAGUGAUCGACAGCACCAAAGACAUCCGUUUUCAAACAUGGUGCUUCAGCGUUAUCGGAUUCCUCUCCAUCUGUCGUCAAUCAUCAAUAACUCUCCUGCGCUGUCAGGGCGUGCUUCAGCUCAACUCCACCCAGAAGCAUUAUCAUGUCUCCUUAAUAGACUGUUCAGUGAAUCAGAAAGGAAAAUGACUCCCAGGUGACACACGAAUCACUUUUUCCAGGUGUGACUUCAGCAUGGCAUGUCAGAGAAGAAUACAUGAUUCAUGACCAGUGAUUGUUUUCCAGCUGUUCUAGUGUUAUUAAAUCUUCUUGCACAACGCACAAGCUUUUGAUUAAGAGGUUAUGAAGGUGUUGCUGUUUCCAGUGUCAUGAUAAAAGGUCAGUUAUUACAGACACCUAGUUUUAUUGUCUGCGUUCAGCACUUCAGGUCCGGACAAGAUGCUGCUAAUCGUUACUCGUUUUUUUUUUAAAGAAACAAUUCCAAUAGCCGAUCUAGAACACAGUGCUAUCAUUUAUACUUCCCGUUUCUUUAGAUUUUUGUAUCAAGUCUGAAUAAAUAUUUCUUCUAACUCUAAA